AUGGCUGAACAGAUUGACAUUGAAAAGCUCAAGCUUGAAGAGGAAAAGAAAGCGCAAGAGCAGAAAAUCACGCCUUGGGAGGUAGAGGGAGCUGUUGACGAGAAUGGUCUUUCACAAGGCAUCGACUACAACAAGCUCUCGGCUCAGUUUGGCACCAAAAUCAUCACGGAAGAGACCUUGAAAAAAUUCACUGAAAUCACGGGCCACGAGCCCCACCCGCUUUUGAAAAGAGGUGUUUUCUUUUCCGAGAGAGAUUUGCACAAGAUUUUGGACUUGUAUGAACACGGGGAGCCAUUCUUUCUUUAUACUGGAAGAGGCCCAUCGUCUGACUCAAUGCAUUUGGGCCACAUGAUCCCAUUCAUUUUCACCAAGUGGUUGCAAGACGUGUUUGACGUGCCUCUUGUCAUUGAAAUGACAGAUGACGAAAAGUUCUUGUUCAAGCAGAAGUUGACUAUCGAAGACGUAAAGGGUUUUGCAAAGAAGAACAGUAGAGACAUCAUCGCCGUGGGUUUCAAGCCUGAGAACACCUUCAUCUUUUCUGACUUGGAGUUCAUGAACCCUGCCUUCUACGAGAACAUCGUCAGAACCUCUAGACAAAUCACCACUUCCACCGCUAAGGCCGUCUUUGGUUUCCAGGAUUCUGACUGCAUUGGUAAGCUCCACUUUGCAUCUGUGCAGAUUGCCACAGCGUUUCCUUCGUCCUUCCCUUCGACUCCCUGCUUGAUUCCAUGUGCCAUUGACCAGGACCCAUACUUCAGAGUAUGCAGAGAUGUUGCCGACAAGCUCAAAUACAGCAAACCAUCCUUGAUCCAUGCCAAAUUCUUCCCAGCUUUGCAGGGUGCAUCCACGAAGAUGUCGGCCUCUGACAGUACCACGUCUAUCUUCAUGGACGACACACCCAAGCAGAUUCAGAAGAAGAUCAACAAGUACGCCUUCUCUGGUGGUAGAGCCACGUUGGAGGAGCACAAGGAGCUUGGUGGUAACGUUGAUGUCGAUGUUGCAUUCCAGUACCUCUCGUUUUUCGAACACGAUGACGAGAAGUUGGCUAAAUUGGCGGACGGCUACAGAAAGGGUGAGAUCAUGUCAUCUGAAAUGAAGAAGGAGUGCAUUGCCGUGGUGCAAGAGUAUGUUGCCGCUUACCAGGAGAGAAGAUCCAAGGUGGACCAGGACGUUGUGGACUCGUUCAUGAAGCCCCACAAGCUUGUGUACGGUCAAGCAGAGAGAAAGGUGCCAGCUAAGGAGAGAGUGAAGAAAUCAAAGAAGUAA